CGCACAACCCCUUUAUUCUCCAACAGCCUCUCUCGGUAGCUCUCUCAAUCUCAUCUCUCCCUCUCACGCACACACGGCGCCACUCUCAACAUGAUGGUCCUCUUAUUCUCCGGCGAAGACCCUAAUACAAUAGGGUAAACCAGAUCAAAAACUUCUACAAAAGCAAAACCCCAUGGUUGGGCACUAGGAAAGCUCAUGGAGAUGGGUUCGGGCUCUUUGACUGAGUCAGGUGGUUCUGCCACCAACUCUUCCGCCGAGUCACUCAACGAAUUCAACACCGGGAAAAAGAUCUCCUUUUUCGCGGCCGCAUCCACCACUGCAAUCAUGGGGACAUCGUCCAAGUCCGGUGAAGGGUCUUCAAGCUCAUCCGGGUCGGGUAGGAAGGGCAGGGCUAGUGGAAUGGUGCAAGGGGCUUAGCCUCCAAGGUGUCAAGUAGAAGGGUGUAAAGUGGAUCUAAGCGAUGCUAAGGCUUACUCUCUUCUGUCAAAUCGAACAUGGGGCUCUAGAAACUAGGCCUCAAGUUUUCGGGAGAGAUUGAAUCUUAAAACAACUAAUGAGUACAACUAUCUAGGCCAGAGUGAGUGCUUGGUGAUUAAUGGUGUUAAUGAUGCUCAGAAAUUCCAAAAGCUUACGGAAGCCAUGAACAUUGUUCAAAUUUGCAAAGAAGAGCAAGAGCAAGCAUUUGCAAUGCUUGCUGUAGUUUUAUGGUUGGGAAAUAUAUCAUUUCAAGUAAUUGACAAAGAAAAUCAUGUGGAGGCAUCUGCCGAUGAAGCUUUAACCAGUGCUACCAGCCUGAUGGGUUUUGCUCCAGAUGAACUAAUGCAAGCUGUAUCUACGCAUAGAAUCCGAGUUGGCAGGGAUAUUAUUUGUAAAAAAUUGACAUUGCAACAGGCACAGUUGGCACAGUUGUUUGCUCUUGGUGGAUGCAUUGGUUUCGGUGGAUGGCCGACCAGCAUGGGUCUUCCUCAGUGGGUUCACGUGGGUGGUGCACUGUCUCGGGCUUCCUCCUGGUGGAUUUGCACCAUAUGUUAAUAGAAUAAA